UGCCUUCAACAUGUGUGCGAUAAUAGUUUUCGUUUUUACAGCCAUCUGCUAUCCUGCCGUGGCUGGUGUGCCCAUUCGGCAACUUACACCUGUUCCUCCAAUCGAGGUCCCUGCUAAAGGACCUCCUCUUCCUGAGUCUACUGGAGGACCUCCUCCUCCUGGCCAGCGGAUCGUGGGAGGCCGCGAGGCAUUGCCGCACGAGCACGGAUACCAGGCGUGUCUUCUUAAGAAAACUCGUUAUCUUUGUGGGGGCGCUAUCCUCAGUGAUAUGUUUAUCUUGACAUCUGCCAACUGCGUAUCAGAUUCUGCGCAAUUGUAUGUACUUGUGGGCCGCUACAAUUUACUGGAAGCGGAGAGCAGUAGCCAGAGGAUUCCGGUUGGGAAAGUAUUUAUUCACCCGGACUUUCAUGCCAGUCUGAGUCACUUAAAGGCUGAUAUUGCUCUUGUGAAAUUGAAAAAGAAGAUAGAUAUGAAUGAUAAAGUUUUCCCUAUCAAAUUGCCGACUAGUGACGCGUACAAUGGUAUGCCUCUGGUGGUCACUGGGUGGGGGAAAACUUUGCACGCUCAUGGACCAGGAUUUAUUCCCCUUCAAGUAAUGGAAACCAGGGCAAUGUCUCGUAUGGAAUGCAUGGAUGCUUAUGGCAAUGUGGACAUAAUUUGCACAACGUCGGAGUUUCAAACUGCAGCCCCUUGCGAUGGCGACUUCGGAUCUCCGGCGGUGUUCAACGAUACUGUCUAUGGUAUCAGUAGCUUCAUAUCGGGUUGUAAGACACAAUCCCCUCAAGGAUUCAUUAAUGUGUUUUUUUAUCGCAAAUUUAUCGAUAAAGUGAUGAAUCCUAAUGCUGCACCCAAUGGGUGCGGUAUUUUGGAUCUGUCAUUAGUACAUAUUGUAUUGGUUCAACUCUUUUGUAUUGUAUAUGGGACGCAACAGCGCAGGUGUACACCACAGUGGCUGCAUCUAGACUUAGACCUUGAUUAUUUGCCUUUUCUUGUGCACAUCUUGCAUCUGUAUUCUUUAUUGAGAAAAUUCAGGAAAUACUCCAGUAUUACCAAAGUGCAUGGGAACAGGCACACUAUAUGCUUAUAG